AUGAUUAUAGGUGGUGGCGGUGACUCUGGCGACUGCAGCGGCUCCGGCGACGGCGGUGACUUCGGUGAUGGCUCCGGCGACGGCGGCGACUCCGGCGCGACGGUGAUUCCAGCGGUGACUCCAACAACGACGGUGGUUCCAGCGAUAACUUCGGCGACAACGACGGUGACAGCUCCGACGAUGGCAGUGACUCCAGUGACAAUGGGAACCCCAACAAUGGAGUAAUGGCUCAGGUGAUGGCAUUCAUUCCGGUAAGGACGGUAACGGCGGCAGUGGCGGCAGCGGCGGCGGUGACGUCGAAGGUGGCGGCAGUGGCAGCAGCAACAGUGGUGGUGGUGGUGAUAAUUAUUGUGGGGGUGAG